CUGCAUUCGCUAUUUUGUGAAUUUAUGCCUUUUGUGAAUCGCUGCUCCUGCUUCCGAAUAAGCUGGAGUCUCUGAACAUCUUGCUCGAUCCAGUGCACAAAGGUUUUCAGCACAUGCUGCCUCUCUUCUCGCAGUUCCACGGAUUCUAGAUCGCUGGACUGGUACAGAAUGUCUUGACAGUGGCUAGCACCAGGAAUAAUCCUCAAGAUGGUCUUCCUUUCGCUCUUAUCUUCGCCCCUGUUGUUGGUAUCCUUUUCAGUACCCUGCCCCAUAGGUAGAUUGUGGCGAUCAUGGCUCUGCAAAGUGGAUCUUGUACUCGAUUUCUCUUCGUCGUCGUCCCCGUCCUCGUUCGCACCGUUUUGGAGAUUCGGAUUGAGAGAAGGGCUGUCUUUUCCACGUCCACGGCGUCUCAGUCGAUGGUGCUUUUGGUCGCGCGGUCGAGGACGAGACUGAAUAGGGUAGAUUUUUGAAGGACCACUAGGUGCUUUUCCUGUCGAGUUCCG